CUUAAAUUUCUAUCCUUCCGUGUCUAUCUGCGUAAUCAUCAUAUAAUAAACAAUUACCACCAUUACACCUUCACUUUCAUUAUGAAUUGGAAUUUGGAAACAGUUUAUUAGAGAGAGAUAACAGUAAGAUUUUCAAUAGUCAACGCAAAUAUGGGUAGCACCAUACGAGAAAAGAAAUUUGAAAACACAAAAACUGACCAAUUCCACCCUUUCCUGUUCUCCCUUCCUCAACUCCUCCAAAUCCAUUUCUCACAUGUCUCAAAUCUGCACUUCGUCAAAUUACACCAUGAAACCCAUCAUAACCUUCUCUUGCAUUCUCCUUUUCUUUACCACCAUCUCAGCCCGCAGUUUUUCAGAUUAUAUCACUCCAAAUUUCACUGCCUCAUACCUUGAGUUCAUUGACAACUUUGGCACGUUCCUGUUUUCUCACAACAGAACAUUCAAGGCUGCUAUAUUCAACCCCGGUGGCCAACAAACCAGUUUCUAUCUAUGUGUCAUUCAUGCUGCAUCCAACACUAUCAUUUGGUCUGGUAACCGUGAUGCCCCCAUCUCAGAUUCUGGCAAAAUGCUUCUAUCUUUCAAAGGGAUCACAAUUCUUGAUGAACAUGGGAACACCAAAUGGUCAACACCAUCACUGAAAUCACAAGUGAAUAGGCUUCAGCUGACAGAGAUGGGAAAUCUUGUGUUACUUGACAAGUCCAAUGGUUCUCUCUGGGAGAGUUUCCAAAACCCAACAGACACAAUUGUUAUUGGACAGCGUUUACCUGUUGGAGCAUCUUUGUCAAGUGCAGCAUCCAAUUCAGACUUGUCAAAAGGAAACUACAAGCUCACAAUAACUUCCUCUGAUGCAGUUCUGCAAUGGUAUGGACAGACAUAUUGGAAACUUUCAACGGACACAAGGGUCUACAAGAACUCAAAUGACAUGUUGGAAUACAUGGCCAUAAACAACACAGGCUUUUACCUCUUUGGAGAUGGUGGAACAGUUUUUCAGCUGGGGUUGCCACUGGCUAAUUUUCGAAUUGCCAAGUUAGGUACCUCUGGCCAGUUUAUUGUCAACAGCUUUUCUGGCACUAAUAACCUGAAGCAGGAGUUUGUGGGGCCAGAUGAUGGAUGUCAAACUCCCUUGGCUUGUGGAAGAGCAGGUUUAUGCACUGAGAACACUGUUUCCUCUUCACCUGUUUGUUCUUGUCCCCCAAACUUCCAUGUAGGCUCAGGUACUUUUGGUGGUUGUGAGCCAAGCAAUGGAUCCUAUUCUUUGCCACUUGCUUGUAAAAAUUCUUCAGCUUUUUCAUUUUUGAAUAUAGGGUAUGUUGAGUACUUUGGCAAUUUUUAUUCUGAUCCGGUUUUGUAUAAAGUGAAUUUAUCUGCCUGUCAAAGUCUUUGUUCAAGUAACUGUUCCUGCUUGGGGAUUUUUUAUAAAAGCACAUCUGGUUCUUGCUAUAUGAUUGAGAAUGAGUUGGGGUCCAUUCAGUCAAGUAAUGGAGGUGAUGAGAGAGACAUCUUGGGCUUCAUUAAAGCCAUUACGGUUGCAUCUACAACUAGUAGUAAUGAUGGCAAUGAUGAUAAGGAAAAUUCUCAAAAUGGGGAGUUUCCUGUGGCAGUUGCAGUGCUGUUACCAAUCAUUGGAUUCAUUAUUCUGAUGGCCUUAAUUUUCCUUGUGUGGAGAAGAUUGACACUCAUGUCAAAGAUGCAAGAAGUGAAACUAGGGAAAAACUCACCUUCUUCUGGGGACCUUGAUGCCUUCUACAUUCCUGGCUUACCCGCAAGGUUUGACUAUGAAGAACUCGAGGAGGCUACAGAAAACUUCAAGACUCUAAUAGGGUCAGGUGGGUUUGGAACCGUAUACAAAGGUGUGCUUCCUGACAAAUCCGUUGUGGCAGUGAAGAAAAUAGGGAAUAUAGGAAUUCAAGGGAAGAAGGACUUCUGCACUGAGAUUGCAGUCAUUGGAAACAUCCACCACGUUAACUUGGUCAAACUCAAAGGCUUUUGUGCUCAAGGGAGACACCGCUUGUUGGUUUAUGAGUACAUGAACCGUGGUUCCCUUGACCGAAACCUCUUUGGUGGUGAACCGGUUUUGGAAUGGCAAGAGAGGUUCGAUGUGGCGCUUGGAACAGCACGUGGACUUGCUUACCUUCACAGUGGAUGUGUACAAAAGAUUAUUCAUUGUGACAUCAAACCAGAGAACAUUCUCUUGCAGGAUCAGUUUCAGGCUAAGAUAUCUGAUUUUGGACUCUCCAAACUCUUGAGUGCCGAACAGUCUGGUUUGUUCACAACAAUGAGAGGCACACGUGGCUACCUUGCUCCGGAGUGGCUCACAAACUCUGCCAUAACAGAGAAAACUGAUGUGUAUAGCUUUGGAAUGGUGCUUCUUGAACUUGUCAGUGGAAGGAAGAACUGCUAUUACAGGUCCAGAAGCCAUAGCAUGGAUGAUAGCAACAGUGGUGGAGGACAUUCCUCAACCUCAUCAACAACCGGGUUGGUUUAUUUUCCUCUAUUUGCAUUGGAGAUGCAUGAGCAAAGGAGUUACCUUGAGUUGGCUGAUUCAAGGCUUGAAGGACGUGUCACAUGUGAAGAGGUGGAGAAACUGGUUCGUAUUGCCUUGUGUUGUGCUCAUGAAGAACCAGCGCUUAGGCCAAACAUGGUCACUGUUGUUGGCAUGCUAGAAGGUGGGACUCCAUUGCCACACCCGAGGAUUGAAUCUUUGAACUUUCUGAGGUUUUAUGGCCGUAGGUAUACUGAGGCUUCUACUAUAGCGGAAGAAAAUGAGUAUGGUUCUGUGAUGCUUCAACAAGCGCGUAGUUCUACUACAAGCAUGCCAAGUGAUUCAUCGACUCGUGGAUUUUCUUACAUGUCUUCGCAAAAUAUCUCUGGGCCAAGAUAGGAACAAUUCUGCUUUGUUUUUAUGUUUGUUUGUUUUGGGACUUAGCAAAUAAGGUAGUUUUAUAUGUCAUUCACGUGUUGUUAUACAUGUAGAUGAUCUCUCAUUUGUAAUUUCAUUUCGAGAUCAUCCUAUUGUGUAAAUUAUAAAGGAAGAGAAAUAAAAUUCACAAGGAUGCCUUUUGGAUGUUGGUUUAAAA